AUGGCCUCCCUAAGUUGCACAAAGACGGCGCUCCUCUCCGAUCCAUCGUGUCACUCAAAGGGACUCCACCGUACGGACUGGCUAAGUGGCUGUUCCGGCGUCUCAAGUUCCUGGCCGCCGAGUCAGACACCGCGGUCUCUUCGUCAGCACAAUUCCUGGAGAAACUCAAAGGGGUAAGCCUCCAUCCAAAUGAGGUCAUGGUCUCUUUUGAUGUUACAUCCCUUUUUACUUUUAUUCCCCAGGACCUGGCGAUCAAGACAAUUGAGCUGCUACUACAAAGCAAAUACGAUAAAAACGGAGAACCGUCUUAGACAAGCCCAAGUUCUUCAGCUCCUGAAGCUUAGUCUCAGGACAUACUUCACGUUCGACGGAACAAUCUACGAACAGGUGAAGAACACACCAAUGGGUUCGCCGAUUUCGGGAUUCAUCGCCGAGGCGGUCCUACAACGGUUAGAGUCACAGAUCUUUCAACACCACAGACCGAAGUUCAGGGCCCGGUAUGUGGAUGAUACCUUCGUCGUUAUCAACCGGGAUCAACUGCUGACAUUCAAGGAACGUCUGAAUGCGGUCUUCACGGACAUUCAAUUUACGAUGGAGGAGGAAGAGAACAACCAGCUGACCUUCCUGGAUGUCCUCGAAUGCCGCAAAGAUUGUGGUGGACUAAAGGUCAAAGUGUUCAGGAAAGCGACAAAUACGAUGCAGGUACUGAACUUCAACAGAAACCACCCAAUCAGCCACAAACGCAGUUGUGUAAGGACGCUCUAUUGGCCUGUCUAAACGCACUGCAGUGAGCCGGAAGACAAGAUUGCCGAGCUACAAUACAUCCGACGGGUCUUCAAAGGCAAUGGAUACUCGCGCAACUUCGUCAACCGGUGCAUACACAAAAGUGACGAAAGGCCUUACCGCAUGGACACCAAAUGUUGGCGAGCGCUUCCGUAUGUCAAGAAGGUUUCGGAAGCUGUCGGUUGCCUUCUCGCACCACUUGGGCCUGGAGUUGCACACAGACCGGAGGCAACCAUCAGGCGUCAGGUAAAGAAAUCGAAAGACACACUGCCACGGCUAGAAACGUCUGGAGUCCUUUAUCGGAUCUGGUGCAGUUGCGGACAAAGCAACUACGUCAAAGAAACUGGAAGACAGUUCCGAACGAGAAUGGCCGAACUCGCUGCAGCGGUGCGGAGAAAUAAAACCAGCUCUCAAGUUGCGGCUCAUUCGACAAGAUCCGGCCACACAUUCAAAUUCGAAGAGGCCGAAAUACUCGCAAGAGUUGACAACCGCCUGAGCCGGGAGCUAUUUGAAUCAUGGUUUACUGCCCCAGUCCAUCAACAAGUGCAAUUAACUUCCCCUUCCAUACUCGGUGCUGAGACUUCGCCUAGGCGGAGUAAUUAGCCACGCGGGGAGCGCACAAGUGAACACUUUUCCCAAAUCCAGGGUCAGUGUGUCAGAUGGUCGAGCAAUCAUCACGCCAACAUCCAACGCACGUGACGAAAUUGCAGCAAUUAACGACUCGAAUGUCAGCCAUCAAGCAAUUAGCACACCAAGGGCGACUAUCCCGGAUGAAGGGCGAGCCGUGAAUGUUCUCAGGUAUGCGGUAGCAUGUUUACGGCAUCCUAUAAAUACUGCAGCCCCUUGUGCAUGAACCACCCCUAUUUGCUUUUGUCUCUGAUGAUGGGCUCGAGCAGGAAUCCUAAACGUCAGGCUAAUAAAGCUCUUGUCCCAACAAUCGUGUCUCCUUCUUCAUAACGCUAAUUAUAUUAACUGUCAUUUCGGCGGGUCAACUAAGAACACGGAAUAAUGUGAGACGUUCGGUGCUAUUUCUAGUACAUCCUCGACCUCAGCGGAUCCCACCGUCACUUAAUGCUCCACAGGAAUGUUGUUGAAACAAAGUUCUUCAUAUACGCAGAAAAUGAUUUCUUUUUGAAUGCAUCUGCUCAAUGGGUUGAAAUUAAUGCGUACUGAGCAUGUGACUUUAUGGAAGCCAUCAUUACUUUGCUUUAUGUAUAAAAAAAUGAAAUGAAAUAUUGUUUGAUUUGAACUAGCUGAUCUUGAAAAAUUUGCGUCAAAUGCCUGCAAAUAGAUUUCCAAACAAAUAAUCAAACAUUACGCAUUUAAUUUUAUGCAAAAGGUAACAUAACACCAAUUUUGUGGAGGAUAUUUGCGACAAACAUAUGCAAAACUGUUCUUUUGAAUAAUUACUAUAUGUGGGCUGUUUCAUUUACCCAGCCAACAGCAUAUAGAUAGUCAUUACGGAAUGCCAAAAUCCGAGUCUAUUCAGUGGACAUACAUUUUUGGGUUUGCGAUAUUUCCGCUUCAGUAGGUUAGUAUUUCAAACCGGCCAAACAGAAUGUUUGUAUUUAUUUUGCGUUUUUGUUUAUUUUGAGUUGGUUCACUAUUAAUGUGAACUGGUUUGACAACAUCGACACAUUUUAGUCAAGUUUAAGUUGAAAAGCAAAGGCAACUCAAGGCUCGCUAUCGCUGUCCUGUGCAGCAGCGACUAAGAAAGAGACAGCACAAAUAAACGACUGUGCACGCAAAGGAAAUUCAGGGAUGUACCGACUGAACUGCAAUCAAGAACUUCUUCAAAUCACCCAGGCAGCCUACGAUCACCUAACUAAAGGAACCGAGCCGCUUCUCAGCACUAAUGGACAGACUCUUCUAGUUAAAAUCAUUACACAUUGUGGAGUGUCUUCGUAAGUGGCCUCAACGGAAGUGUCCUGCGAUGCCGCCAUCGAGCACUUCCCUCAAGCAAGAACCAGAAGCAAUCUCGAUCUGAUGCCUUCUCUUCCAGAAGCAACCCGGGCCGUACGUCAACUCUCCAGCAGCAAGGCACCGGACUCCGACACGUUCCCAACAGACGGCCUCGGCUGAUGAAUCAACUCACAACGCUAUUCCAAGAGAUGUAAAUCGGAGGACAGGUUCCUCGGGAUGUCAAGGAUGCGACAGUCGUUUAUCCAUAUGAGCGCAUAGAGAACCAGUUAGUUUGUGAUAACUACAAAGGACUCGUUCUGCUCGAAAUCCCCGGAGGGACCUUCACUCGCAACCUCCUCGAAUUGGGGACUUCUGCUGGGAAGUCUGGAUUCUGACGCCACUGCGGAAACACCGACAUGAUCUUCGCCGUCCGUCAGCUGCAAAAGGAGCGUUAGAGAAUGCGGACCCAUAUCUACACUGCGUACGUGGACUUGAAGAAAGCCUUUGAGGGGGUGGACUGAGAUGAAUUGGGGAAAAUCAUGCAGGAUUUCGGCUGUCCUGUGCGAUUCACUCUGCACGGCGUGCAUAACGGCCAACGGGACUGUCCCCGAGGCAUUCGCAGUGACUAGUGGAGUGAAGCAGGACUGCGUAAUUGGCCCAAUCCCCUUCGGCUUCAGAUUUUCUGGCAUGCUGAUAGACGUUUAACUUGAUGAGUGCUCUAAGAUUCGCAUCGCCUACGGUGCUGACGAACAUCUUCUUAACAAUCGGCGCGUGCGGAACUCACCACGUCUCUCUACGACUAAAAUGCAUGACCCGCUCUUCGCUGAUGACUACGCAGUCAACACCGUGUCAGAAGUUGACAUGCAACGGAGCAUGGAUCUCUUUGCCACGGGUGUACCCACUUCGGGCUGACCAUCAACGCGGAUAAAACGGAGGUCAUGCAUCAGUCCCCACCCCAGGGGUGCAUACAGUACUCCUCUCAUGCACUUCAACGACAUCCAACUGAAGACUGCGGAUACCUUCGCCUACGUGGCAGUAAACUCUCACGUCGCAUCAAAAUGGAAGAUGAAGUGUCUUACCGGACCUCCAAGGCCAGACAAGUCUUUGGCAUGCUGCAGAACUCCGUAUGGAAUCGUCAAGGUAUCCAUCUCAAAUUAAACUGUAGGUGUACAAAAGUGCCAUCAUGUCGGCACUGUUGUGUGGCGGGGGGAUCUGCAUAAUUUACAAAAACAAAGCGCGGAAAAUCAGUCACUUCCACUUCAGUUUUCUUCGCCGGAUACUAAGGCUCUGACAGGACAGGACCGUGGACACUGUAGUUCUGGAAUGACUGAAAUCCUCAGAACCCACGUCAUGCUGUGACAACUGCCAUUACUUUGGAGAGGCCAACUCGUGAGGAUGGACAACGGACGCCUGUCAAUAUACGUUUUCUACAGAGAUAUCUCCACGGGUUCUUGCCCACAAGGAGGUUAAACCCUUUACUGCAAGGACACCGUGCAGAAUUCUUUGAAGCGGAUACAGACCAAGCCGGUCUCAUACAGAACCGACUUGCUAGAGAAGGAGCAGCGAAUAGAGGAUCAGCUACCUAUAAAACCGACCGCACCGUUCUCUUCACGUCUCUCUACGACUAACAUACAUGACCUGUUCUUCGCUGAUGAUCGCGCGGUCAACACCGUGUCAGAGGCUGACAUACAACGGAGCAUGGGCCUCUUUGCCGCGGGUGUGCCAACCUUAUACAGUUACAAGACUCAGGUGACCCACGACGCCAACUCUCAACCGAUCUCAGCAUGCUCACGUCGUCAAAAAAUGCCCCGUGUGCGGAUCGACCCAAUUAGACAUCUCUGGACUCAAUACAUCAACUCGACUGACCCAACCGUUGUCUCUCUGAGCCCUCCCUGUUCCAACACCCACGUCGUCCACUACAACGACCCUGCUCACCGCGAAUGGUCAACAUCCCCGUGCGGCACCGCCGUUUGUCGCUGCUCUCUCCAACAUUCCUGCCACAACUCCCGCGACGAAGACCACCGCCAGAGCUUCUCCCUUCACAACUGGAAGUAA